GAGUACGCACAUAAGCGCUCGUUUCGAAAUACGUCACACGUGUUGCGCGUGCACGCCGCAGUUGUCACGCAUGCGCUUUGGUCGGCUUCCGACGCACACGCGCUGCAAUUGAGAAUCACCGGCGGCUUCUCGGGAAAGAGUUAAUUUCCUCGGUGUGGAGACUCGGUGAGUUGUUUUUUUAUUCGUGUUGCAGUCGUGGUGACUUGUGGCAGACUAGCGGCCAGGCUAUCUAGCGCCACAAUCGACUGACUAUUGAGGCGUUGUGGUCCGUCAAGGAGCCUCACCUGCGCUAAACAUCUGUCACAUUUUGAUUCUACUUCUGUGGUCUCCCAGCUGCGUUUGUUCAUCGCGUGCGCGUCAGAACCGCCAAAAGAAUCGGCGGCAGGUGAUCCGGUUCGGCUCUCCAUACAGUUCCUCGUGUGUGAACAUGGACUGUCAAAAACUCGGGCUGGGAGGUGCCAUUCCGUAUGAAGCGAAAUGAUUGGCCAUCAUGCACGACCGUGACCUCACCGCCGCUCCCGUCCGUCUGCCGCCGGGAUGCGCAUGAUGGACGGCGUCUCGCCGGCCAGUGAGAACCAGACGGCGGACACGAUGCCGCCGCCGCCGCCGCCACCGCCGCCUCCACCACCUCCGCCUCUCCCUCCGCCGACUCCCUUUCUAGGAGCGUCCACAGGAGGCCUGAGGCUCAGUAAGAGGGUGAGGAGUUUCUUCUGGAAGACAAUCCCGGAAGAGCAGGUGCGGGGGCGCACCAACCUGUGGACGCAGGGCCAGGCGCAGCAGCGCUACCAGAUAGACGCCAACACGGUAGAAGAACUCUUUGGUCAGACACGAGACGGCGACACACCUGCAAGGGGAGGGAGGGGCCGCUCCUCCCUGCGAGACACAAAGGACCAGGUCUCCAUCUUGGACAACAAGCGAGGGAUGAACGUGGCCAUCUUCCUCAAACAGUUCAAGAGGUCCAAUCAGGCCAUCGUCAACGACAUUCGCAAUGGCAACAGUGAGUCUUACGGGGCGGAGCCUCUUCGAGAGCUGAUGAAGCUUCUACCAGAGGCGGACGAGGUGAAGAAGAUGAAGGCGUACGGCGGCGACGGAUCAAAGCUGCCGUUGGCCGACUCCUUCGUCUUCCUGCUCAUUCAGCUCCCCAGUUACGCCACGCGCAUCGAGUGCAUGCUGGGCAAGGAGGAGAUUCCUGGCAUGUGCCAAGCCAUGGGGGCACACAUUGACGUCCUUCGCUCUGCAACCAAAGAGGUUCUGGGCUGCAAGGAGCUGCACGCCGUCCUCCACUUGGUGCUGCAGGCCGGGAACAUCCUUAACGCUGGAGGUUACGGCGGUAACGCGGCGGGUUUCAAACUCUCGUCGCUUCUGUCUCUGGCGGACACCAAAGCCAACAAACCUGGAAUGAACCUGCUGCAUUUUGUGGCUCUGGAAGCCCAGAAAACAGAGGAGAAGUUAUUGGACUUCCCAGUGAAGUUGAGUCAUAUUCAGGCCGCUUCAAGGGUCUCUUUGGAGACGUUGGACGCCGAACUGCAGCGGCUGACGUGCCGCAUGCGCGCUCUCGAGGAGAGUGUCCAAAAGGACAGUGAGCUCCUGCAGCAGCUGGCCGUUUUCCUGCAGGACACAACAGCGGAGCUGUGCUCGUUGCGCGGCAGCCGCCAGCUGCUGAGCAAGGAGGCCGGCGAGCUGAUGGACUUCUUUUGCGAGGACGCCGACACCUUCCGACUGGAUGAGAGCUUUGCUGUCCUGCAGGGCUUCUGCUGCAAGUUCAGCUGCGCUGUCAAGGAGAACAAAGAGCGGGAAGCCAAGGAGCGGUCUCGGCGCCAUCGCUUGCAAGUGCUGGAGGAGCAGAAGAGACAUUCGUGGGCCGGCGGCGAGGAGGUGGGCGGCACAAUCAGCUCGUACUACAGUAGUGAAACAGAUCUUUCGGCAGCCACGUCGGAGCAUGACGAGGCCAGCGUGCUCCUGGAGCUCCUCUCCCCCAAGUCGCGCAGCUGGCGCGCUUCUCGCCGGCGUACGGGACACGCUCGUCACUCGCCGACGCAAAGCUCAUCCUCGCCCACCUGGAACACGUCGCCGUUGACACCGACAACUCCAUACAUCGCCUCCGACUUGGACAGCACCGGCCGAGACCACGCGGUUGCCUCCGUGACACAGCCGGCGCAUCGUCGCUGCAAAACACCUCCCGAAGACGGCCACGGUGAUGCUAACGACGGCGGGAACAUCGUGGCGCUCCUGGAGAACUGUUCGCUGGUCCCUGAGCCAAAGACCUCCAGAGAGAUCGGUGCCUUUGCUUACCGCCGCGAUGUCGCCACCGUGGGUGCGGUAGAGCCGCGAGCUUCCGAAGAGGCGACGACAGCGCAGGCGGCGGUGACGUGGUGCGUGACGGCCGUGUGCGAGACAGACCAACCGGGAGAACAAGACCCGGCGUCCUUUGCUGCUCCGACCCAUUCCGAGCCAGUCAGCCACCAACCGCCGCCUUCCUCGGCGCUUUCCGUCCCACCCGCGGAUUUUCCUCAGCCAGACCAGCGCAAGAAGUCUGGCUCGUCGGAAGCCGUUGCUACUGUCGCGAACGGGAUCCGAUCCAAGAUGGUGCGCACCCUCACCACCUCUGAAAAUCAAAACAUGAGGAAAGUAGUGCCCAUUUCCAGGACAGGCAGAGAGAAACGAGGAGAGAAGCCCUCUCUUGCUCAGUCAUCCCGACGCGGCAGCCUCCAGCUCCAGGAUUCAACAGCACGCCGUGUUCCUUCUGCUCGCAAGCCAGCAGAGAAGAUAUGUCGCUCGACGCUGCAAUCGCUCGGCGUUAAACGCAGCCCUCCCGCCGACGGCUCACCUGUUGCUCGUCCUCCCAACCUGUCGUCAGGCCCGUCUUUCGCCCGAAACACCGCCUCUUCCUCUUUCAGACAAACGCAAGCCGGCUGUCCACCAGCGAAUGUCCCCAAACGUGCUUCUGAAGCAUCCUCCAAAGCUUCCGCAUCUGCCGCGCACCCUCGCGCCUCCUCAUCUUUGUCCUCGCCCAAGAAGACCCAGAGUAAGAAGGGACCUCCAAGCAUUGGCACACAGAGUAUCAGGCCAUCGGCAGGCAUCAGCAUGCCACCAAACAUCAGGCCCACUUCGGAAAUCAGGAUCCCAGCGAGUGCUAGGGCACCAGCGAGUGCCAGGAUCCCAGCGAGUGCUAGGGCACCAGCGAGUGCCAGGGCACCAGCGUGUGCCAGGGCUCCCUCGAGUGCCAGGGCUCCCUCGAGUGCCAGGGCUCCCUCGAGUGCCAGGACAUCACCAGGCAUCAGCACACCACCAAACAUCAGGCCCCCUUUGAAAGGCAGGGCACCUGCAAGCGUCAAGACUCUUUCGAGUGCGAGAUCACCUCCUAAUUCCAAGACGUCGUCAACCGUCGGGAAGCCUCUGGACUCGACAGACCCCAACUCCCCGGCCUCCUCUAAAAGCCACAGAGGUGACGGAAGCUUCUCGGACAAGUCCGGCCAAUCGCGGCGUUCGCUCGAGGUCCGCAAACCCAGCUGGAGAUAACACGAGACACGGAUAACAUGAACCACCACAAGCAGAUACUCUCUUCACGAAAUGAGCAUUUGUGAUCAUUCCAUGCUACCUGCUUGGCUUUACUCAAUAAAUGGAGCAAUUUGUACUGAGAA